AUGACACACCCGCCGUAUGCGCGGGAUUUACCGAGUGAUCUGCUCGAUCUCAUUGACCACACCACACGCGGUGUGCGGCGACUGUACGCAUCUACGCAAUGUGCAGAGAUGAGCACACACCCCGACACCACAGAAGAUAGACCAAUAACGACAACAACGAAAAGAACAAAAAGAAGAACAUCAACAACGACCACAGGAACAAGUGCUGUAAAUGAAAGAAGUGAAGGAAAAAGUAAUGGUGUGGAGAGUAGAGAAGAAGAAGAAGAGGAAAAUAUUCCACGACGUGCUUCUACAGCUGUGAGAAGUAGACCACAACAUAGUAAUCAUUACAACACCAGUACAGAGGAUGAUCUGAGAGGCACCGUCCAUCGAUGGACGUUAAGACGUACACAGGCGAUACCAACAAACAACACAACAGAAGAUCGCUCUAUCACUUCAACAGUAAACACAACACUUUCAUUAGAUGGACAUCGUCGUCAACCACCUACACUGCAUUCAAUAGCAAGAGGUCCACACAGCUCCAUCACUAGUACAGUGAAUACUUCUGCUACUGGUAUGGAUGAUCGUAGUGGUUUACAACUCAGUCAAAAGUGGAAAGAUACAUUUAAGUCGCUUCUCUCAGGAGCGGUAGAACCUAAUAGAUCUAACACAGCUCCACUCUCUUCAUCAACGGUUGACGUAUCUAUAACCCAUCAACAAGAGAAUCAUAUAGCUCAAGUAACACAAGAUUCCAAAGUACCACUCACCUCAAUAGUGAAAAAUAAUGAACAGGAUCGUAUGUAUGAAAUGUUAAAACAAAGUAAGGCAACUGUAGAACGUCUACAACAACAACUGAAGGAACAGGAUGAGUCUCAUCGAAGAGAAUUAUCAGAAUUACGUACAGAACACAGUUCUGAACUCGCACAACUCCGUCGUGAAAUAUUUGAGGCAAGACAGAAGGCUGAAGAAGAAGUAUCAACACAAUUAUUAGCGUCCUUUAGUGUUAAACAAAAAUUAUUACAGGCAGAGGUAGUAAAUGAACGAAUGCGAGCUGAAGAGAUGAAUCGGACGAUUGAAGAACGUAAUAAAACGAUUGAACGUUUACAUGCUCAACUAGAAGAAGCUAGUGGACACCUUCGACAGUUGCAGAGUGAAGUAGAUGCAAAGGAGCGGCAGGUGAAAGAACUACGUGAUAAUGUGUUGAAAACACGAAAAGAUCUCGCUGCGUUAGAGGAGGAAGUAGCAACUCGUGUAGGGGAGUUAGCAGAGAGUAAGCGUCGUGAAAAGUUAGCCGUUGAACGUGAAAAGGAAUCACAAAGUUUAGUGAAUCGAUUAGAAUCACAACUACGUGAACAAGAACAACGCUCUCGAGAAGAGUUACAUCGAUUAGAAGAAGAAUUUCACUCCACCAGCAAAAGUUAUCAAAAUCUUAUUGGUGAAGCCACUGAUAAACUUACGGCACUUGAAAAGGUGGAGCGGAAGUAUCGUACCCUCAAGGAACAGAACCGACAACAGAAACAACAGUUGCAAGAGGAGAUCGCACGAUUGACAUCUGUACAGGAUGAGAAACAGCAGCAUCUCAAACGUAUUGAGGAACUACAGCAAGAUGUAGAAACACUUCGUUUACAGCUGGCGCGAAAAGAACAUGAGAUGCGUGAAGAACGAGCCUCCCAACAUCACAUGGUAGAUAGUCUUAAAAAACAAUUGGAGGAAGAAGAAGAUAAAGCCUGUCAAGAGCGAGAGAAUCUACAGAAGUCAGUUCGCCACACAGAGGAGUGUAUGGCCCGUUUACAGCGGGAGAUGGAGAGUCUCACACAACAACUGGAGGAGGAACGUCAACACAGCAAAGAACUUCUUGUAAAACUAGAAGAAAGUGCAUUGCGGCAUCAAGAGGAUCUCGCAAGUGUACGACAGGCGGCUUCUUCUUAUCAACAACAAACAGAAAGUAUUCUCGCGAGUAUGCGACGACAAUUGCGAGAGAAGGAUGCGAAACUACAGGCACUCGCCUCCACCGCAUCGGAGCCUAUUCAACGACUGCGUAGUCAACUAGAGGAUGAACGUGGACGACGGGCAACAUUAGAGGAACAGUUCAAUCGUUAUAAACAAAAGGCAAAGGCUGCAGAGGAGGCGGCACUGCGGGAGAUUCGCCGCGAACAAAAUCGCGCAUCCUCAUCUGCACGAUCACAAAGUCAAUCAUCAUCCGUACCCGCCGCCCCAACGAAAACAUCAUCAACCACAACAGGAUUAGGAGUAGGAUUAGGAUUAGGAGAAACUGUAACUCCAGUGAUGCCUCUGAGUUCCACUCGUACUACUUCUUCUUCUUCUACUGCUGCUGCUGCAGCCAUGCGUGAGGAAAUAGGUAGUGGAUCUUCUCUUCCUGUAUCUAUGCCUCAUCAUGGGAGUGGUUUAACAACACCAACAGACCAGCGACUACCCAAAGCCCUAGUCCCUCCUCUUCCACGUGCACAUAAUCGUAGAAAUCUACACAGUCCCACAGUCUCACCAUCACGAACAGUGGGAAAUGCCGAUAUUGCUUUUACUACUACUACUACUGCUGCUGCUGCUGCUGUUAUGGUUACUGCUUCUACUCCUCAUAUAGGAUGGGAUUCUGUAGGAUCUAUUUCUAAUAUUUCCUGUAGUUCUCCGUUAUGCAGCAGUCGUGAGGGAGACACUGAAGGUAUUGAUCCUGCAAUGACUAAUCCAGCUAGUGGUAGUAAUUAUCAAAUUUCUCCACCUGAUGUGGAUGAUUCUGUACAUGAGAUGCUGACACAUUCUUCUAAACCAUUUGAGGAAAGACAUAUUGAUGAUAAGAUGGCUCAACAUGAACAAGUUUUGCGAGAGUUUCAUGAAUCAGCAGCUGAAGUAUUUCGUAAAAUAACAGGAAACCGAGAUGAAUUUCUUGCCAAAUGUACUUCUGUAGUACGUGCGGUUUCACAUCAUCCUGGAGAUAGGGAACGUUCACUUGAAGCUGAAUCUCGAGAAAAUAUAUCAGACUAA